AUGGGCCAUCGUGGUUUUGCCCAUAAGACCGUAGCCGAAGUGAAACCAACUGCCAGUAAGGAAGAAUAUUCUCGUGCUCCGAAUCCGAGCGCUAGGAACUAUCUGGACGAAAUGGCGCCGGUCAACGGAAUUAGAGAACUUACCGAGGAGCAAGUAUCCGAAGCACAAGCUCGACGAGAUAAGUUUCGUGACGAAGUCUCCAAAAGAAUGGGAGAGGUGCUGCUUCGAGGUGUGACUAUGCUCGAUGCGUACUGUCAAGUCUGCAAUGGCAUACUAAUGGAGGAUAGAAACGGAGUGCGUACCUGCGUUACUUGCGAACUUUUUGCGGAAACUACUAAGGAGGGAUCACGUCUGAUUGCUGAAGUGCCAUUGGAUGUCACUGCUGAUGGGGUUGCUCCUGGAAACAGUUUGUUAGUGUCUGAAGAAGCACCGGAGUCACAUCGAAAUGCAGCUCGAAUAAUGGACAUAGAGCGAAAAUGGGCUGAUGAAUAUCGUCAAGGACGGAUAUCAGCAGCGGCGCCUAAAUCUAGGGAGUCGACACCCAGCACUUCAACCCAAGCUCCAGCUACUACCGUAGUUGCAGUCCAGUGUCCAGUGGAUGGCUACAAUGCAGCACUAUCAGCUGUAGAUCGAAAACUGAAAUGGGCUAGCGAAAAGAUUGAGAGAUGCGAGAAUGUGGCAGAAAUCCGCGAAUUGUUCGCAUUGAUCAAGGAAGGAAUGGAGAUUAUUAAAUCUCUGAAGUUAUGA